UAUUUCAUUUGUCUUUUGAGUAGUAGUUACCUCUAGAAAUAUAGAAUUAGCGAAAUAGUUUGAUGGUUUUAAUAUAAGUAUAACUGUAAACAAUUCGUUGGAAUUUCGUUGACAAUUCGACAAUCGGGAAAGAGUAAAAUGACUAAACAUUUAAUCCCCUGGUACAAGGUAGGUGAUGAUUUUAAGGCCAUUAUCAGAGAUCUCACAAUCACUUACCUCAUACAACAACCGUCGAACUUGGCCGACUUUGGCUUGCAGUAUUUCGGACAGUUAAAAAGCAGUGUCCACAUCGUGAGGGAGAAGCCGCGUUCCCGCUCAGCAGAAGAGAUAGAAAUGGAAGAAGAGAUACAGGCACGGCCCGGAAGAAGAAUUACGAUCUACACAGAACCGUUCAAUCCCGAAGAUGACGUCAACGACGAAGAUGUUAAAGACGUUUUUAAAAAAACAGAUGCACAGAGGAAAGCCCUCAUCGAACAGACAAAACAGGUUCUUCUCUUUAGGACCCUCGACGAUCGGCAGUUCAGCGAGAUUAUCGACGCCAUGUUCGAAAAGAAGGUCGAAGCCGGAGACCAAGUGAUAAAGCAAGGCGAAGACGGAGACUAUUUUUACAUAAUUGAUCAUGGAAUAUUCGAGGCGAGUAUAAAAGACAAAUUAGGAAACAAGAAAAUCAUUAAAACUUACAAUAACUCAGGGAGUUUUGGUGAAUUGGCUUUGUUGUACAACAUGCCUCGUUCGGCGACGAUCACUGCGAUGACAGACGGCCUCCUCUGGGCUAUGAAGAGGCAGACGUUCCGACGAAUCGUCGUCUCAAACUCCUUCAAAAGGCGAAAAUUCUACGAAAAGCUGAUCGAUCAAGUGCCGAUGUUUAACGCUCUCGAGUCCUACGAGAAGUUACAACUCGCCGACGCCUUGGUACAAAAGUCGUACCAAAUAGGAGAGCGGAUCUUAAAACAGGGCGACGCCGCCGACGGCAUGUAUUUCGUGAUGCAAGGAGAAGUAGAAAUAUCCAUCGUCGACGACAUUGGAGAUGACGUCCCUUUGAAAAUCCUCAAAAGCGGCGACUACUUCGGCGAGCUUGCCUUGGUCACACACCAACCGAGGGCUGCUUCCGCCUUCGCCAAAGGGAAAGUCGAUCUCGCCUACCUCGACGUGGAAGCUUUCGAGCGUCUCCUCGGCCCUUGCAUGGAUGUCAUGAAAAGAAAUAUGUCGUUUUAUGACAAUCAGAUGAAAUUCAUCCGAGGUUCAACUGUCGACGAAAAUGCAAUCAAAGUAUAAACCGGCUGCUGAGAAAUUCACCUAAUAACGCGCAUGAAGGUUUUCGCUUCGUAUCCCCACGACUCGUUACGUCCAGUAAAAUAAACCAACCUUGACAAAUACUAAUAAGUUUAACAAAUCUAUCAGC